CACAGUACAGAUAUAAAAUAUGUAACUUGCAUUUUUAAAUUAACUUCAGAGUUCAGAACAACAUUUUAGCGUUCCCUACUCUUUGCGCUCGGUACCAUGUCAUUGAUCUCGAAGAAAACAGUGGUGUCAGUGGAUCUACUCUGUUCAAAAUGCAGAAUGAAGGUCAUGAAGUUAAUAUCAAAGAUAGAAGGAAUAAAUUCUAUUGUCCUUGACCCAUCCAAAAGUACAGUAACAGUUAUUGGCGAGGCAGAUCCAGUAUGCAUUAUCAAACAAGUCAGGAAGUUCAGAAGAACUGCACAAAUAACAAGCAUUGGUCCUCCCAAGGAAGAGAAGAAGGAUGACAAGAAAGAUGCGAUUCCUUCUCUGCGAAAAACAUGUCAGAGAUGUGAUGUUUGGUACGUGAUUAGUGAUGAUUAUGACGGCCACUGUAACAUUCUAUGAGCACUUCACGUGGGCCAACUUUCGAUGCAUCCAUGCCACCAUACUCCCUUGAGUCGGUAAGCUAAAGCAAGAGUCUAAUGCUCCAGUCGUCGCCAAAUUCUUUAGUUCUGAUAUUUUAUGUUCUUUGAAGUCUUUCCUGUUUUUAGAUGUUUCUGCAUUGGAACAAUUAAGUGCUGCUUUGGAGAUAAUUUGGGUGGCUAUUAUCUGCUUAGCCUUCAACCUUUCGCUGUAACUUGCUUGGUUCGUUUCAUUUCUUCUGCACUCUACCUCCUUAUGGCAGACGCUGAAAGGGGGGAUUGAGUUGUCCACUAUUUUCUCAUAGGGACGUUAUGGUCAAGGUUCUAGUUUCCGCUCCCAUUUUGCUGGUCUAGCGUUAUGAACGUCCUUUUCUUGAUUUCUCACACGAGAUAGUUUCCAGAA